AUUAAGUCUUCAUCUUAAUUCCGUAUUGUGUGUUUCUUUAAAUGACAAAUGACAGUAGAUAUCCAAAUUAAAUAUACCAAAUGUAUUCAACGAUUUUAUUGAAAUUUCAAAUAUGGCUGUUCAACUAAAAGGAUUUGCAAAGGGCAUUGAUCAAUCAACAAUUAAAACUUUUUUAUUUGGAUCUGAUGAAAUACAAGGUACAAAGUACAAAUACUAUUUGAGGCAUUCAGUUUAAUAACGAAUUAACUCUUAAAUUUUUGAUAUAUAAGUUACUUAAUUAUAUUAAUGAGAACCAUACACCUUAAAAUUAAAUUCAAAAACAGACUAAUCCAUCCUAACUUAAUAUUCACUUGAUGACCGAUCUUAAACCUUUAUUGUAUUUUAAAGUUAUUUAUAGUUUUAAGAGCAAGAAUAAAGUAAAUAAUUAUUGUGUAAUAUUGGAUAAUGGAAUGGAAUAAGUCCAUUAAAGCACUGAAUGCUUCAUAUUAAGUAAAUAGGUAUUAAUAUUAUUUAUUUAUUAACUAUAUUUUAGUUGAUAUUUUCAAUGACACUAUUAAUUGUGUAUCUCCUGGAGGUGAAAUCAUAAUAUUUGGAUACAAUAAUAAAAUUAUCACUUUCACACGUAUGUAUUUGUAAAAUUUGUGUUUGAAAAAUAAUAAUAUGUAUUAAAAAUGUUUUUUUUCUAUUUAGAAAAAUGGUCUCCCGAUCCGACCAAUGGUAUAUGUCAAAUGUUUCGAACAGUAUGGAAUAAAGUUACCGAAGUGGACAAGUUAGUGCAUUAUUAUGAACCUAUUUAACUAUUUUUAUUUAGAACUAUAGCCAAUCAGGAGUCAAGAGAAAUGCUAAUAUCUAUUGCUUGAGGUUGACAUAUUUUACUGUUAAUGUUGUAUAAAAAGUUAUAAUAAUUAGCAUUAAGUAUUAAUUUUUUAAAAUAUUAUAUUUAAUGUAUUAUUAUUAAAUUUGUUAAACAAGUAGAUUUUAUAAAAUAUAUUAAACACUUCUAGUGUAUUGCACAAUUAUAUAAAUGUAUUAAUGUGUUCAUUUUUAUCGACAUUGUUUGUAUAUAAAUACUAUACAAAAUUAUACAAAUUUAUUAAUCAAUUUAAACAUAAUUUCAGUGAACAAAUUACUUCGAUUAUAUGUCUUCCAAUAGCAGUGAUCAAUACAAAACUGUCUACUCAUAGUACUCCUGAUUGGUUUUGCAUAGGUAUUGGAUUUUCAAGUGGUUAUGUCAAAUUUUACACAGAGGUUAAUUUUUGAUGAGUUAUUUUUAUUUAUUUAUUAAAUAAUAAAUUAUCUAUUUUGUUCCAAGGAUGGGGAUCUAUUAUUAUCACAGUUAUUCCAUAACAGUGCUGUUAUUAAAUUACGAUGUCAAACUCAUCAGCCUGCAAAAAUUAAUCCACCAACUAUUGAACAACCUGAAGAAAUUGUAAUAUUAUACAAUACAGUUAUUUGUACUAUUACUGGAUCAACGUUUUUGAAUUUUUUGAAAAUUUGUAAAUAUGAUUCAUCAACAAGUAAGUAUAAAACAGAUAUAGAUAAUUAUAUAUUAUAUUAAAUAAUAUAUUUUUAUGUAACUUGUUUAAGGUUGAUAACUUAAAGGCUAAAAUUCUGAAUACAGAUCAUAGAAAUUAAUAUACUUUUUACAAAAAAAAUGUUAACAAUUUAUAAAUAUGAGCAGAUAAGCUGAUAGUAUUUUAAUAGUUAAAUUUUAGAUGAAAUAUUAUUUGUUUUACCAAUUUGGUUUAUUAUGGGUAAAGACCAAAUUUAAUUGCUUUUAAAACAUAAAAAUUGCAUAAUAAAUUGCACUAUAAAAAUGCAAAAGUUUUAUAAAAAAAUUAGAUAAAUGUUACUUUUUUUAAUUAAAAUUGAUAAUUAGAUCCAUUUCUAAAUUAUUUUCAUUAAACUUAAAUCUUCUAUUACUUAAAAUAUGUUUGUACAACGAUAAACUAUGUUCUACGUCUACGCUAGUUAUUGGUACAUAUUUAAAACAAUUUAAUAAAGUAAGUGUUAUAUCUAAAUUAACAUUUGCUUUACCUGACAUGACUUCAUAGUAAAACUUGCAGCAAAAAUUGUAUUACAUAAAUCUUCAAAAACUACAUUUUUACUACUCGAAUUUUGAGAAGUAAUCAGAAGCUAUUUUUUUUCUUUAUUCCUUUGUAACGUAUUUAUGUGUUGAACUAAAAAAUAUAUACAUGUAUUUUUGAAAUAAUAUGUAGUAUAUUACUUGUAGUAUGAGCAUAAAAUACAAAACUUACUUGUUUUGAAAUGAUGAUCUAAUAGAUAUUUUUUUUCAGUAGACAGAUUUGUUACAUACUAGAAAAUAUAUAACCUUUCCAUCUGAUGAAAAUACUUCUUUAUUUUCAUGGUGAGGAGAAAUCCAAUUCGAAAUUUUACUUUUUAAAGUUGAUUUUAUUUUAGACAUUACAUCGAAUAUGUUUACUGUGCGGUCAAACUGAUAAAGUAAUAGGUACUAAGGUACCAACAGGUAAACGCACACGAAUCGUACUACUACAUUGAAUUUAAUUACCUCCAUAUAUAUAUAUAUGUAGACGCUUAUUGCUCUCUGGGCUCUCCAAGCUUCUAGAAAAUUCAGACCAACAAUAAACGCCUAUAAUAUAAAAACAUGGGAAAAUUGAAAAAAAUUGCAUUAUAAAAUUAAAUAGGCAGAAUACUUUUAGUAUAUAUUGGUUAUAUAUUUAAUCAGAUCUGAUUUAUCUUUAUUGCAAAAAAAGUUAUAACAUCAAUUAAAUCCGGUCUUUAGUUAUAAAUCUUAUAAUUCUAUAAUAUACCUUAUAAUCUUAUAAUCCGGUCUUUAGGGUUUCCAAUUUAUAAAUGAUACCAUUUAUUUUUUUUAAGAGCAUAUUUUGAUAAUUUGCAUGAUAUUAGUAGAUACAUAUAUAUUUAGUAGAUUUUUAGUGUAUUAUUUUUUAAUUUUUUUAAUUUGAACACUCGAAACAAGUUUACAGAAUUAAACAAUGUACAAUUUAAAUAAAUAAUAAUAGAGAUUUAUCAUUAGCUAGUUUCUUAAGAUAUUAAUAGGUUCAUUUUUCUAGAAGUUGGUAGUAUGUUGUGAAAUAAGAAAUUUUUUCUUAAGAAGUUUUUUUUUUAUUAUUAUUAUUCUGUAUUCUUACCAACAUAAUCUUUGAUUUUUAAAUGGAUUUUAUAAAAUAACUGUCCAAUCGUGGUCUGUUAAAAGUCAUAAACUCAGAUUCAAAUUUAGAUAAAUGAAAGCAUUUAUGUUAGUGAAAAUAUCUCUUAAAUAAUUCUAUUUUUUUUUUGUAAUUUAAGAAAUAUCUAAUUUUUACUUUUUUAUAAAUGAAGUAGUAAAUAUGUUUAUAAAUAUUAAUAAUAGUUUAACAAAAAAUAAAUAUAUUAUAUAAUUAAAUAAUUAUUUCAGUCCCAACUAAAUGUACAAAUACCUCGCCAUUCAAUCAUAAAAAGUGGGCUUUUGACUCUCAGAAAAAAAUUAAUGAUGCUGCUGUUGGGGCAAGAUAUGAUAUCACUAGUUUUCAACAUGUAGUAGCUACCAAUAUCUGCAGAAGUAUUAGUGGUGAUAAACAAAAUUGUUUACCACAAAUGACUCAAAUCAUAGCUGCAGGCCAAAAACCAUACUUAGCAUUUCAUUACACUAUUGGAAGACAAGCUCAACCCACAUUGGGGAAUAUAACCAAAGCAGUCACUGAUAAAUUGAAAUCUACUUUUACGCAAUCAAUACUGCCGUAAAUAAUUUAUUAUUUUUCUAAAACAUUUAACAUUUUAAGUUUUACGUUUAAAUUUAUAGUGGUUGGCUGUCCAACAAUUUAUUUUCAAAUGAAACAACUGAUAAAUUAGAAACACCUGAACAGCUUGGAUGUCGGUAAUUUUAACAAAUUAAAUUCAUCUAAAUGUGAUUUUAAAUUACUAAUAAUGAUUUUAAUACCAAUAUUAUAAUUAGUUUUAGUUUAAAUGAUGUGGAAUGUGAAGCUUUAAAAAUUGAACUAAGUCCUCAAUUAUCUAUUGGUGUAAUCUCUGAUAAUUUGGACAGAGCGAUACUUUUUGAAGUUAAUAAUGGAGGAAUAAUAAGGUAUAAUAAUAUAUGUACAAUUAAUACAACUUCUAUUUUUACAAUAUACGUUUUUUACCAACACAAUUUUAAUUGCUUUUUUUCAGCUAAUACAUAAUAACAUUGACUAAGAUACAAUCAGUAUUUUUUGUUUUUACAUAAUUUUGAAGUUAUCACAAACCUAUGUUUCACAUUCUUGUCAAAGCCACCAGUAUUUUGUACAAACCACACUAAGUACUUAGAACCCUCAAUCUCACUUUUAAACACUUAUUGUCUACAGUUUUUUUUUUUAUUCUGUUCCUCCAAACUCAUAAUUUCUUUUACUCCUACUAAUCCUUAGUCCCUUUUCUUCAAGUGCUACUCUUCUUUCCUCAAUCCUAUAGUUGACUUAUUCCAGAUUUUCUCCUAUAAAAGCUAUAUUGUUUGCAAAUAUCAUGCACUAUGGUAUCUCCUCUUACAUGUCAUUCCUUCUCAGCAUUACACAUCCGAGAUAGAAUAAUUUAUCAAAUUCUUAUUUAGAACUCCUUAUACUGUUUGAUAGAAUUUUACACCAGAUGUCGACUGAUGCAAUUCCAUUUGAUUUCUCUUACGGCAGGUAAAAGAACCAUGGUAGUCUAAUCCUAUAGGUAGAAUGAUAUUGUCAACUAUAAAAUGAAUUUACCUAUCUCACAGAAACAAUACCAUAAAUUAACUGGAAUCGCCUAUCUGGGUUUUAUACCAGUAAGAGCCUGGGGUCCCUGGUUUGCUAAAUUCAUAGCAUCAUAUGUUUCCAUAUGGUAGUAAAGAAACUUAAUAUAAUAAUAAAAACGUAUGUAAAUUUAUUUAGUCAUACAUUUCAAAUCAUGAUUACUUCAAAACAAUAUGCAAACAAAAUUUAUGAUUGCAUCAUUAUAUUCAUCAACAUGUCAAUUGUUGGGUUGGUAACAUAACAUACAUUUAAACAAUUUUUUCUUUUUUAGAACUUGGGAAGGGUAUAAAGAUGUACAAUUUGGUUGGAUUGUAGUUAAUGAAAAUAAAAGUUCUAGUUCUAAACAAGCUUUAUUCUUAGUUAUGUAUAUACCAAAUAGAGAAGCAUUAGAAAUUUGGACAAUGCAAAACUAUGAACAAAUAUCAGUAUCCAAAGUUUCUAAACAUGGAAGGUAUUUCCUAACAGAUUGAGUUAAAACUAUAGUUUUAUGUUACUUGUAUUUAUAUUUUAGACUAUUUUACACAAAUUUUGGUCUACUUGGAAUUCUUAGUACUUCAAGGACUAAUAUAUAUAAUGCAAAUUAUAGAUGUUAUUUUGUGGAUGAUACCGGAAUUAUUCAAGAAAUAAUUAUACCAUAUCAUUGUAUAGAAAGGUAUUUUAAUUUAUUAUUGUGAUUAAAUUUAUUUAUUAUAUUAUUAAAUUUAAUUGGAUCUAUAUUUAGUGGCCCAAAUAGUCAACUUUCACAAGAUAUGUAUGAAUUUAAAACAUUUAAGUCAUCAUGUAAAAGAGAAAAUGUCAAUGAUAAAGAAUUAUGUGUAGAAGUAGUAAAAUUGGUUAAUAAUAUAAGGACUGAUAAAGUAAGACAACUACUGUUUGAUUAUAUUACUACCAGUAAACAUUUGUCACAAAAUGUAAUUAUUCAAUUUUUGAAGAGCUUGCAAAUGAUAUUAAAAGAAAAAAGUAAUUUACUUAAAUUGUUUAAUUAUUAAAUAACUAAAUAGAAAUUUUAGUUUUUACAAUGCAAUUAUUUAUAAUUUUAGAUCAAAGUGAUCCUGAAAAUAAUACAAAUUUGUUGAAACGUGUUGAUUGUCAUCUAAAACUUAUAAUGUUUUUUAUAUUUGUAUUUAAUUUUCAAGAAAAGCAUCUUUUUCAAUCAUCAUCUUCGUCAACUGAAGAUAAGAUCCAAGUAUGUUGCACAGUAUAUUUAUAUAAAAUAAACUCAUUUAGCCAAACAAAAUUUUUAAUUAUUUAAAUAAUUUUAGAAUUAUUAUUUCUAAUAUUCACACAAUUUUUACUAUUUAUCAGGUAUAAUUAACAUAUGUUUGAAUCCCUAAUAAUAAAAUAUUAAUUUUAAUUUUAAUUAAAUAAUUAUAAAUUCCAGUAGAUAUGUGUGUAUACAAAUUUAAUGUCAGACUAAAGGUUUUGUAAGUUAUAAAUUGAGGUUUAAAUACUUGAACCCAUUAAUAUUCCUUAAGUUAAUACUAUUAAUCAUUAUUAUAUAUAGUAUUUCCACUAGUCCAGUACUUUAUUUAUGUACAUUUAAAUUUCUAUAAACUAUCUCUACUAAUUUACCUAUUUAAAAUUCUAAGUUUAUUUAAACUUUACAAAAUUGAAGAUUAAUAAUAUAUUUCAUAUUUUUUUUUUUUUUAGGAGUUAUGUAAGACACUUCGUUUAAGUGACCAGGAUAUGGACAAAAUAAUUUCUUUACUUCCUGUAGAACAGAAUAAAAAAAAAACUGUAGUAAUGUUUUGUGAUGAUGUACGACUGAUGAAUUUAGUUGAAUUACUAUCGUAUUUUGACACAGCUGGUGACACUGUAUCUCUUAAAAUGAACAAAAACAUUGAUGAAUUAUGUUAGAUUUAUUAGUUUAAAUUCUAAAUCAUAUAUCAUAAGCAAUUUUUUUUUUAGGUAAACGAAUAUUUGAACCAAUUAUGAAUGCUGCUAAUGAUAUAGGAGAGUUUAAUUCAGCAUGGGUUGCUAGUGGUAUUAAACUAUCAGAUAUGGUUUAUUUGGCUGUUCAGUAUUGGGUAUCAAAGCCACUCACCUUAACAGUUGUAACAGAAAUGUUAAAUUUUCAUAAAAUAAUUGACACAAUGUGUAACUCAAGUGGUAAAAAUUUAAACCAUAAAUAAUUGUUUUGUUAUUUAACAAUGCUUAAAUAAAAUGUAUGUAUUUUUUAUCAUAGAGGAAAAAUUUGAUUGGAAAAAAAUACAAGAACAAUUUUCAAAUAGUUCAAAUACAUUUGCUUGUUUAACUGGAACUAUAAUUUGUAAAACAAUUGCAUCUACUAGAAAAACAGGUUAAAUUUCAUAUUAGCUUUUUUAGGUGUAUUUAGUAUUAAAAUUUCCAUUACCAAAAUAUCAAGUAAUCUUAAAAAACGUUUUUAAAAUGUAAAAUAUUUUAAAUACUUUUUAAGUACUUAACCCUAUUAAAGUAUUUAAAAUACAAUUUUUAAUAUUAUUGUCCAUAUUUAAUGUAAGCAAUAUGCUCUAUGGAAGCCAGAGUUGAUGUUAAUUUUGUAUUUUUAACAAAUGUAUAUUAUUUGGGCAUUCCUAUUUAUAGUAAAAGUUAAUAAUGAAUGGGAAUGUGUUUCUGGAGAAGACUAUCAAUGGAAUUUAAUAAUAGAAAGACUAGAACAAUUGUGCCAUCUUAAUGCAACAUUAAAAUAUUGCUCAGAGGAACCUAUUGGAACACUGUAUUGUAUACAAUAUGAGUAUUCAUCAAUAACACUGACUGAUUUACUUAAAUUUGGACGAGGUAGUCUUAUUAAUAAAUUGUAUAAGACUUAUUAUUUAAUUUUGAUAUUCAUUUAGGUGGAGUGUCUACAAUUAUUAGUAAAUGGUUGGCUAGUAUGGGUUUUGAUCCGAGUUUAAUAAUUGAUGAGUACUUAAUAAAUAUAAAUAAUACAAUAACAACUAAUCAUUCAAAUCUAAGUAAAUCAAUUAUGGGUAUUCAAGAAGGUGUAACUGUAAAUACAGAAAUAGCAAUAGAAGCUAGAGUUUUAAGUAUGCAAGAAAAAGAAAUAUUAGAUGUUUUGAAGCGUCUCAAGUUUUGGUUCCCAUAUAGUUUGGAUUGCAAUACUCUACUAAGUAAUAUUUGUUGGGAAUAUUCAUCUAUUUGGCAAACUUGUGUGUCUGAUUUUAGACCCUUAAAUGCAGCUUUGAAUGUCGCAGAAAAAAUACCAUGUCCACAUACAAGACAAAGCAAGUAGAUUUUUUAUUGUAACUAUAUAAAUUUAUUAUUUUGAAAAUUAUUAAAUUCAUAAAUAUUAAAUUUUUAAUUUAGGUAUUUGUUAUUUGAUAUGGUCUACACAUUUAGUACAUAUUUUCCUAUCAGCUGUGCGGCUCAUUGAUGGUGUGGGGAAAGUUCCUAAAGAGAAAUUGUGUAUUCAAGAUGUUGGAAUGCCAGAUCAAUAUAUUAUAAAAUUUUUGGGUUUAUGUGAACAAUUUUUUGAAAUCAUUAUUAUGGUGUUUAUAAUUAUUAAUUAUCUUGUUUCAUUUAAGUUAUUUUUAAUAUUUAACAAUUUGUUAAUAUUUAAGGCAUCUCUAUCUACUGAUGAAGCUGAACUUGCUGAAAUAAAACAUGAUUUAUUUUGGGAAAAUUGGAAAACAAAUAAUCAACAAACACCUACACUUGUUCAAAUAGCUUUAAAUAAACAAAAUCCUGAUCAGAAAACUCUUUUAUUGAUUCAUCAAUUUAUACGUGCAUUUCAUAUAUUAGGUAAAUUAUCAAUUCACAUAAAUAAGCCAAUCAAUAGUCUGUUUGACUGCAAUGUAAGUCACUAUUAAAUAAAUCUUAUAAAUUAUUUUACACAUUUUAAUAAAAGUACUUUAAUUAUAGAUGCAUGAAAUAGAUUUUUUUAAUUUAAACCAAAGCACCUUUAAUCAAGAAGAACCAAGAACUAAAAUUAAAAAAUCAAGAUCUGAAUUUCUUGCUAACUCAAUUAUUGCAGCAAUUGAUCUUAUUCAAAAAGACUGUGAGGUAAAAAAAAUAUGUCUUUGUUGCUACUAUAUUAAAAAACCAAUAUUAACUAUUUUUACAAAUAUUUAAAAAAAAAAAUAAAAGCUGAUACUGGGGAUGGGAGCAGCCACUGUUGUAGGUGAGAAGUUGGGAAGGUAGAAUGCAUAAAAUUAUUUUAAUUAUAUCUGUAACAAUGAUAAAUCAUUGAUUGACAACAGACAAUUUCAAACACAGUUCGAUUAUACAUAAUUUGAAGUGCUGUAAUUUUUUUUUUUUUUUUGCGAAUUUUGGUUUAAAUUUGAUUUUAAAAAAAAAGUCUUCAUAUUAUUUUGCAAAUUUUACCACAUCUAGAUAAGUCCAAUAUAAGUAUUUUUACCAAGUUUCAAGUCUGUGUGCAUUUAUAACCGAAAAACAGCAAAAAAAACUCCCAAAAAUUAAAAUCCAUUAGCUCAAAAAAGGUUCAAAUGUGUUAGCGAUAAUACCGUAGGAAAGUAAAACAAAAAGACAACAAAAAAUGUGUCUUAUGAUAUUUCGAUUAAAUCAUUUUUUCUGGUAGAAAACAUCGUUUGUGUUUUUAUAAAAUAAUUAAAUUGUGAAAUUAUAUGUUUUUUCCAUUUUAAGAGCUUUUGUUUAAAAAGUCUAAACAACUUGACCUUUCAAAAAAGUUACUACACAUAAAAAUCAGAACAAGUUUACUAGGAAAAAACGUGUCCACAGACUAAAACAAAGAAGAAAAAAAAAAUAAACAACAUUAUAAAACCAAUAACUCACACGCUACGUUCUUAAUCUAAAAUAAAUGUCUAAGAGUAAUUCAGUAUUUAAAACAAAUGUCUUAUAGUAAAUAAUUAAAGAAUUUAGACCCAUCACAAAGUUAUGACUUUUUGUGUGUAUUUAGCUUUACUUUAUAUGAUAUUAUGUUAUAAACUUAUAAACAUAAACAACUAAAUAACAAACACCAAUCAUUUUAGAACAAAUAAUUAUAAUAUUUUGGUUAAAUAUAAAACUUUAAAAAACCAAGUUUGUAAGUUAACAUCAUCCGCUCUUUCACUUCAAUUUGGGAGGGAAAUGACAAUACUGUUUUUCUCUUUUUUUAUGAAUGAGGUAGGGUUGUAAAGAUGUUUUAGAAUAUCUUAUUUCUGUAUCUCUCAAAUAUCAUUGUCCUGAACUACAAAUUGAGACAUCACUUUAUCAAUGCUACGGAAUCUUCGCACAAUCAAAGAUCCAUUAAUGUUCACUUUAUUUAUACAGUAAACAUUUUUGUAAUCUGGAGUGAUUGAAUGUUUUUUUGAUUGGUUAGUGAAUCUUACUAAUACAUAUUCCUCUGUAUAACAGAAAUAAACAUCUUAGUAAAACCAAUAGCUCCAUCGUUACACUAGGAAUCUAAAAUAUCAAUUUUAACCAUAAUUUCUAUAUAUUAAAAUUAUUAUAAACUUCCCUCUUAUUUGAUUCUAAAUUGAGCUAUAACUGAUUGCUUUGAAUUAAUUUGUUUAUGGUAACAUUUUUUAUAGGAUGGCCAAUUUCAAUUUGAGGGUAAGGAUUGUAUAUUUUGGACAAAUAAAAUAUUUCAACUAGCCAUUGAUUGGCAGUUACAUUUAGAUGAUCUAAGAAUCCAUCAAGUUGUUACACUAUAUGCAAAAGGGCAUGAUUGGUUAGCUGAAGAAGUAAGAAAACUUUUCUUUUAUGUAAGAAUAAUUAAAAAUUAAAUUAUUUAUUUUGAAUAGGUUGUACCUGUUGUUAAUAAUAAACAUAGCCUUGUAAAACAUUUAUUGAAUGUAGUCAAACACAGAUUAAAGUUUGAAAUAUGUAUGACUCACUUAGAUUUUCAUAACAAAAUUGUACACUUUAGUCCAGAAAUAAUCACUUGGUUAAAUGAACCUGUAAGUUUAAAAAUACUUUGCAUCUUAUAAUAAAUUAGAUUACUAAGUUAAUGGUUUUAGGUGACAAUGAAUGUUGAAAAAUCAUUAUUAACACAAACUUUAGAAUUAGUCCAAACUAUAAUAACUUUAUUACCGGAAAAUGAUAAUCAACACACCUUUGUUACCAAUCUGAUGGAUUGUUUAGUAUCCUUAAUUGACAGCCAAUAAAAUAUAUGUAUGUAUAGAUUUAUUCAUAUUUUAGAAUUAUAUAUAAUAUUGUAUUAAUAAAAUACAUUUUAAAUUGAUUUGAAUAAUGAUUUAAUUAUUUUUAAAUUUAAUAUAAUUAUACCUUUCAGAUACUUAAUGUGCAAGGAGCUUUGAUUGUUGAACUUAUAGUCUCGACUGGCUACCGAGUCUUUUCUGAGUCCAAAUUUUAACUUACAUUUGUUGGUUGACCCUCCUUAUCUGCUAGCUUGAGUUAACUUAGGAUUGCUGCAUGUUUGAAUAGGACUACAGUUCACUUUUUAUGUUCUUUUUAAAAUUAUCAAUCUAAUAUGGCAACACCUUUAUAUUUAUAUCUAAUUUAUUUUACCAAUUAGAAUUCGUUAUUUUUUUACUAUUAUCUACUUCUUUUAUUCAAUCUUUCAAUUGGUUUAAUUGCAUGUGUUUCUAUUUAUAAUCUCUUCAAUUUGUAUAGACAUUUUCCCCUAAUUAUGG